AAGGGGCGCGGGAGCGACGGCGGCCAUGGCGGCCUCGGAGCCCGGGUACCGGAGCUGGUCCUUGUGUCCCGAGGUGCCAUCCGCCACCUUCUUCACCGCUUUGCUCUCGCUGCUGGUGUCCGGGCCCCGCCUGUUCCUGCUGCAGCCUCCCCUGGCGCCGUCGGGGCUCUCGCUGCGCUCCGAGGCCCUGCGCAACUGGCAAGUUUACAGGCUGGUGACGUACAUCUUCGUCUAUGAGAACCCGGUCUCCCUGCUCUGCGGUGCUAUUAUCAUCUGGCGCUUUGCUGGCAAUUUCGAGAGAACCGUGGGCACCGUCCGCCACUGCUUCUUCACCGUGAUCUUCGCCAUCUUCUCCGCCAUCAUCUUCCUGUCGUUUGAAGCUGUGUCGUCGCUGUCGAAGCUGGGGGAGGUGGAAGAUGCUAGAGGUUUCACCCCCGUGGCUUUUGCCAUGCUGGGAGUCAACUCUGUCCGCUCUCGGAUGAGGAGGGCCCUGGUCUUUGGCAUGGUUGUGCCCUCGAUGCUGGUGCCGUGGCUGCUUCUGUGCGCCUCCUGGCUCAUUCCCCAGACCUCAUUCCUCAGUAAUGUCUGUGGACUUGGAAUUGGGCUAACGUACGGCCUCACCUACUGCUACUCCAUCGACCUCUCUGAGCGCGUCGCGCUGAAGCUCGACCAGAAGUUCCCCUUCAGCCUCAUGAGGAGGAUUUCGGUGUUGAAGUACAUCUCGGGCUCUUCCGCUGAAAGAAGGGCAGCCCACAGCCGGAAGUAAG